UUGAGACAAAUGUCUACCGGAGUCCCUUCAUCUACUGCUGCUGCGCAGAAAAAUGCAGGCACAAAUGCUCCUUCGGCCAGCGAGCUAGGUAUUGAAAAUACAAAUGUCCAAACAGCUGCUGGUGUGUAUCUUUCAGCACAGCAAAAGCUCCUAGUAGGCAGUGUUCUAGAUCUCUUCGCCGGCCGUCCCUCGCUCAAGAAACUUCAACUCUGGACUGACGAUGCAUCGUUCAAUGACCCCAUCACCAAAGCCGAUGGCCGCAAACAAUACGAAGCCCAAUGGUACGGCCUACAAACCGCGUUUUCCGAGAUCGAACAGCUGCACCACUCCGUCACUUCGGCAGGAAACCCCAUCUCAAUGAAUCUGAAGACCAGAUAUCAAAUCAAGGGGCUUGGAAAGGAGCAGACGAUUGAUAGCCUGAUCAAUAUUUAUACUGAUGAUGCUGGGAAGAAGAUCGUGAGGGUGGAGGAUAAGUGGGAUGGGAAGUUGCCCGAGGGGCCUUUUGCUAAGGCUUUUAGGAAUCUCAAUUCAGUUGUUGUUCCGGCGUUUGUGGGAGUGCCGAAGAAUGAGGCAGAGGAUGCUAAGCGGGGAAACUAG